UGUUUCCUGUACCUCUUGGAGACUCAGCAUCUGGGCUGCGGCGAUAAUGAAGAGUUGGGCAUUUCUUCUCCUGUCAGUAGUGAUAUCCAAACUAGCAUCUGGAUCUUUGUAUGGUCCUGUGGAUUCCUGCAAAGGACGAUGUAAUGAAAAAUAUAACAAGGAAGAUGAGUGCCACUGUGAUGUUAACUGUGAACAAAAUCAGAACUGCUGCAAAGAUUACCACAUCCACUGCAGAACAGAAGGAUUCUCAUACACAGACAAUACUAUAACCGAUGAAGAACUACAAGAAGCAUCAGAGAAGAUUUAUCAGAGUGACCACAACAGAGCAGAGGAGUCUGACAUUGUCCUGAACAAGCAAUACUUCACUUCCAAAACAAAUGGGCAGGAAGAUAAAUCCCCAGAUCCGCUCUUCAGCUAUGUCAACCAUGAGAAACUCUUCUCAAGACCAACGUAUGCCAGUUUCAUCAAGCUAUUGGAUAAUUAUAAUGCACACGUUGGGACAGAGGAGAAAUUCAGCAAAGAACAGAUGAAGGAACAGGACAAUUUCCUCCAGGAGGUCAUGAACACUGAGGUCAUGAAAGAGCUUUAUAAGUUUCUUUACAGCAAAAAUCGUUAUGACACAGAAGCAGAGUUUGUUGACGAUCUUAAAAAGAUGUGGUUUGGCCUUUAUUCCAGAGGCAAGGAUGAGGAUGAUGACUCCAGCGGCUUUGAACAUGUCUUUCUAGGAGAAAUCAAGAAAAAAAAAGUAUCCGGAUUCCACAACUGGAUUCGCUUCUACCUUCUGGAGAAACAGGGCAUCGUUAACUAUCAUAGCCACAGCUAUGAUGGUCUGUGGACCUCAUAUCCAGAUGUGUUGGGAAUGCAAUUCGACUUUGAUGGAUUUUAUAAACAGGUUGGAAGUGCUUUUAUUGGAAGCAGUCCUGAAUUUGAAUUUGGACUUUAUUCCCUGUGUUUCAUUGCUCGGCCUGGAAAAGUGUGUCCUCUGAAAAUUGGAGGCCAUAAUCUGGAUAUCCAAACGUAUACUUGGGAUAAAUCCACUUAUGGCAAUGGCAAAAAGUAUAUUGCCACAGCUUAUGUGACUUCCCAAUGAGGUUG